AUAGUUAUAGCGUACGAGCUACCGUACUAGCAAUUCGGAAGAAAGCGGUAAAAUGAGUUCUGAAAAUAUUUCAUUUUAUGCACGUUUGAAGCAAACACAAGAGCUGCAGCAUAAAAGGGAGAAUAAAAGACUGGAUCUUCAGAAGCGCUUUGAGAAUUAUAUGAUGUCUGAUCAAAAUCUGUCUCGCUUGAGAGCGAACAGGCUGCAGAGUUAUUGGAAAAAGGUUUGUGAAGAUGAGAGAAAGAGCAAAGCUAGGAAUGAACAACUCCUUCGAGACUUUGAGAGAGUUGAGGCUCACAUAGCAACACUUUCAAGCAGGACUGAGCGACUUCGACUCUUGAAGGAUCAAUAUGAAAGACAAGUUGAAUCUAUGUUCCCUUACUGGAAAGAACAAAUGGACAUUAAAAGAAUGUCCCAAGCUCAAAAGACGAACAUUGCACCAAUGUCAUUUGCAACACCCAGUCAGCAAUACAGGGAGCAGAUGAAUACCCUCAACAUGUCACAAAGUAUCCAACAAAAUGGAACAAGCAUAAUCUCAACACCCUUCCAACAGCCUGGAUCAUUUGAUCACGUUCAUCUCCAAGGUCGACCUCAUUCAGACUUGCAAGUAUCCACACACCCUCAACAGUAUACACAGUUUGGCGCACCUAGACAAGAAUCACUUUUGCACAUGACAUCAAGUACUCUACCUCAGUCACAAGCACCACAACCUACACAGGUAUCUGAUGAUGGUUACGAGAUGCCAAUGGUACCUGGUCUUCAUGGGACACCUCUGCUUCAGGAAGUACAACUACUCAACUCACAUCCCAGUGGACAGCAUCCCUUAGUGGAGAACAGAAAUAGCAUGCCCCAUGGUGCAAGUCAGCAAAUGACCUAUGGACAAACAGAAGAAUCCUCUUCCUUCACUGUCAGCUCAGAGAGUCCAAGAUCACCUCAACAUCAAGUCAGACCUGGCAAUGUUGCUGGGACAGUACAACCUCUUCAAACUAGUUUUGCCAAAGAUAUGACAGAUGCAAGUGGGAAAACCUUACCAGGAAUGGAACAUCUUUCACAGAAAAUGCUUCUUGUUGGAGAUGCAUCAGAAGAAGGACAGCAAGUAAAGUCUAAAGAAAUCACCAAAUCAGCUAAACAAGCCACAAAUCAAUUCUUCACUGAAGAAGUGGUCAGAGGUCCUUCUUUAGGAGUUGGAGAGAGGUUGUCAUCGGCUCAGACGGAACCAUUUUCAUCCAGUGAUGAUUCCGAUGAUGAGAGUAAGGAUCCAGUAGACCAGGCUCUUUAUUCCCCAGAGCUUCCUCCAGAACUUCCCAAGUAUGAAGAACAAGCAAGAGGUCCCGCGAUCAAUAACAAGGAACAAAAUCAACUACCUGAUCAAGAUGGGAGAGAGAUUCCUAGAGCAGUGAAGGAUGAAGCUGAGGAAAGCAGUGGUAGUGAAGAAGACAGUGAGAUUGAUAGUGAUGUCAGUCUACCGCUCAGUGAGGAUAAAGACAAAAAUGAUGGACCGGUACCGGCUCAACGUCAUUCCAUUGAUCCAAAAGCUCCUGAAGCCGAGAGUGUGAAACCCAACUCCAUUGUCCUAACUACUGAAGGGUUCUAUCUUCUGAUGAAGGCAGUAGAAGCUGAAAUUGAUGCCACUGAUUCCCUUGAAGGCAUCUAUGCAACUCUGGCUUGCACUAGAACUAUAAGAGAUGAAAUUGUGAGGACGGCAAACUCAAAUAGUGGAUUUGAUCUACUGGAUCCUAGAGCAAUCAGCAUGGUCAUACUUGAAGAGCUCCCUCUAUUGGUCCAGAAACUACCAGGAGGAUGCUUUCUAUCAGAGAGACUCCUUGUUGCCAGCAGUAGAACUAUCACUGAAUUAUCUAUCAGGUCUCAUAUGGUCUCUUCAUCCCUGAAGCUAUGGGAUGAUAUCCAUCAUCAUAUGGUGUUCUUAGUGAGGAGAGGUGUGAUGGAACCAGAGGGCGUGGCCCUGAAGUUUGCUCCUCUUUUACUGACUGCUGACUCACAAGCCUCGGAAAAGGCAAUCAAUGUCAUCUCUGAUAUCUUGAUGAAAGCCGAGGAGGAGGAAGAAGUUACAUUUGGAGAGGAGUCUUCAGUGAGUGAUAGUUCACAUCUUAACCAUACUCAACCCAGUCCUGAUGUCAUUAGGCAUGCUCAACCAAAGGAUUAUCCAUCAGUCCCACCCCUUGCUCUUGGUGGAAUGGAAGGAGAUACUGAUGAUCUGGUUGAUACAGGGAGGACUAGUGGUGAUAGCUUCUUUGAUAACGAAGUACCUCUAAAUGAAACAUCUGCAUACCAGAGGAUGAUGAUGAGCAGUCAACCUGAGAUACAGAAGCAGAUAACUGUAGGAAAUGGGAGUGGAAACAAUGAUGAUGAAGAGAGUGAAAGUGAGGAUGAGAUUGAGAGAGCUACUCGUAUUAACCUUGAGUCACCAUCUUCACAACAAACCAAGAAGAAGAGGAAUGUACUUUCAUCUCUUGGUGGGAGUCUUGGUAGGAGCUUAGGAAGUGAUGAUGAGGAACAAGAGAGACGACCUCUUCCAUCAGAUAGAACAGAUGAAGUGUCAUCACCAGAUAAGAGUGAUGUAACCAGUUCACUAUCUCCUACUCCUAGAGGUGGUGGUGGCUACGUCCCAUCAGCCAUGGAACACAGCAUGAAGUCGACAGGGCGAACAGACACCAUGAAUAGAUCUGCAGCUUUCUGGGGUAAUGAAUCUGACCUUGAUGAUGAAUCAGAGAUGAGCGUUCCCAUGGGAACAGGAAAAGUAGAUGAGGAAAAAGAUGACUUUGAUUUCUAUGACUAGAAAUCUUUAUCAAACUUGGAUAUAUUGAUGAAACCUGUGUAUGAGGUAGUAGUAUUAUCACAUCAAUCUAAAACUUAGGCUGGGAAAGCCAGUUGACAAGUGCACCGUUUGGAUCAAACAGAUUGGUCAAUCCAUCAAGGAUUUGAAGAUCAGGGCAGCAUAGAAGAACUCCUGUGGUUUUUGAAAUCCCUAAAUCACUGAAUCUUCCAACUCAUAAAUUUUGCAGUGACUCCGAAGAUUGAACAAUACCAAAAGAGAAAGGAUUACCAAUUGACAAGUUCUGUGAACAUCGGACAUCUUCAAUAAAAUAGCCCAACAAAUUAUUAGCCAAUGAUCAAAAUUGAUUAGAGAUGAAUAUGUAAGAUAAAAUGCUGGUAAUGUUGAUAAGUCAAUGACAAUGAGUGAUGAAGAUUGUGAUGAUUUGAAUCGCACAGGGUGAUUCCAAGUUUGGUGUUGGUGUUAGGCCAAUAUUUUAUAUCAACACAGCACCAAAAUCAAAACAAGACAGUCUUUGGACAAGUCUUAUGAGGUGUUGAACUAUCAAUAAUGUGAUAUGGAGUAUUUAUAAAUUCAGAUUAGAUGUUUGAGCUUUGGAAGACAUUGCUACAUGUACCAACACCAGAACCAUCACUGAACUUGAAAUCACCCAAUGUAAAACAUAGUUGAUAAUCCUGUCUCAAGUAGGAGAUACAUUCAAUGAUCACAUACAUUAAUUAUCACAUGGUUCUGUUAAAUUUCUUUCCUCAAUUGGACUGAAAGUGACAGAAAACCGUCAAAGGAAAAAUAUGCCCCCAUCUUCUGAAUAGACUGGGAAAACCCCUUAAAAGUUUAGUGAUAUGGUGAUUGUGAAUCAUUACAUUAUGGUAUGCAUUUUGAAAUGCUGUACUAUUUUCAAUGAAUCCAUUCAGAGAUUAAAAAACAGUACUGACAUUGGAGUUGUUUUUGUUUCGUUUCUUGCAUAUUCUAAUAUUUAUUCUGUAGUAAAGAAAUUAAGAAUAUAUUCUCUACCUCUCAAAUCAAAUUUAUAAAAUUGCCAAAUGAAGUGAACAUUUAAUGUGUAAUUUUGAUCAAGGCCUUUAAAUUUUUGUUUAAAAUGUAUGAAAGGAAAUGGUUCAAAACUUGUAAUCUUAACAGUCAUAAAUUAGAUUAUUCCCAAUAAGACAUGUUUCAUCUGAUAUGUGUCACUUUGCAUUCAUACAAAAGUUUUGUAGUACUUUUUUUUUUUGGGGGGGGGGGGCUUGUCAUUUUUUUUGCCAACCAUAUGCCCUUAACUUUUUAGUGAUGAGUUUUCUUUUUGGCUUGUCAAAUAUUGGGACAAAAGCGCCCCCUUCAUGAAAAUCUUGGAGCUGAACAUAGGUUACAGUACUAAUUUUGAUAAAGCACCUCAAAGCUUUUCAGUACUGCAAUAUUUUAUAAACCUGCACAAAUAAAACUCUUGCUGUCAUAUGAUUUGUUUAUCUUGUCAAUAUUUGUUUGAUUCCAUUCUAUCACACAAUGUAUUCAUCUACAAUAAUCAUUAUAUCAGCAAAUAUAUGCCCAGAUUUGUAUUUCAAUAGUUCCAAUAAUUCACUGUUACAAAGCAUUAACCCUGUGUAAAAUGAAGCUGAUUAUAUCUUCUGACAUGUAAUCCAUUGACUUUGACUUACAUAUAUUGAUCAUCUCAUAUGUAAACUUCAUGUAUUUUUAAUGCACCAGUGAACAUCAAAUUUCCUGGGAUAAUACAGUAUUAAUUUAUGAGCAAUGUAAACAAAAAAGUUCAUCUUUAUUUCAACUUUUGCUAAGUGAUCAAAACGUUGUGCAAUAAUCUAUGGGUGAUUUCAAGUUCGGUGUUCGGGGUUGGUGUUGGUGUUGAGAGCGUAAAAAGGCCGCUGAACCGAGCUCCAACACCGAGCUGAUUUCAGAGGAAUGAUACCGAUUGGGUUAUCGAUAACACAUGACGUCACGCCUCUGCGCUGCGCUGCUAAAUCAUCUCAACUUCACGCGAGAAGUCUCGACGACGAAAAUGAAAUCGGAGAGAAAUGCAUUAAAUUCUCAUCGUACAGAAUACCAAUGUUUUAAUUAAUUCAAGAAUUCGAAAGAGUAAACAUUAUUCUUCAUCAAAAUAUAUACAGCUCAAAUGAUUUGUACUCAUCUUAACUGUAAAAGCUAAUUUUACGGGGAUGUUUCAUCGUGUUCGCCGCCCGUUCACGAGCUUGAGAUUGCCAACACCAACACAAACACCGAACUUGAAAUCAUGAUUUUCCCAAUCCCUGGGGGUUGGUGUUGGUGAAUGGGGAAAUUGCACGUAGAUCAUCAACACCAGCCGCAGUGCUGGGUUCAGCAGACGACAUUCAACACCAGCAUUCAACACGAACUGCCGGAAAUAUGUCAUAUUUUCCGAGGUCAAUCCCAACACCAGCCUGAUUUCAAGUACGGUGUUGUGGCUGGUGUUGGUGUUGUCACAACACCAACACCAGAUUUCAACACCGUACUUGAAAUCACCCUAUGUCUACUUCACAAUUUGUAAUUAGGACUCACUAGUAACUGUGUGUUUUUUUCAAGUACAUUUAAGCAUAUGACUUUAUAGAUCAUGUAUUAUUUAUAACACUAAUGUUGCCAUACCAAAGAAAGACAGUCACAGAAAUUUCUUUGAAAAGAUGGAUCAAUAUCAGAGAUUACCAAUCUUUCCUUUCCAAGAGAUAUAUUACAUGUUAUAAUUUCUCUCAUAGGAGCUUAUUAGUUUCAUGUGUGUCUUCAUAUUUAUUGGUAUGGUGCAUUUAGAUUGAAUCUCUGGAGUAAGUGUUGAAUCAAAAUCAUUUGCAAAAAAAAAGGGAUUUGGGGGAUGCCAUUUGAAUGAAAGAAUGACACAACAAGAACAAGUAGCAGGUCUCCAUUUCAAAGAUAACCACAGCCUUGAGCCUAAUAAUCAAAUGUUUAAUCUCUGUAAUGCCUUAUUUCUUUAUUUUAUGAAUUAAGAUGUAGACAAGUGUGUGGAUACAAGUCUUAAAUUUCAUGAGUUGUAAAUCAAGUGUAUAUAAUAUUGAAAGUUGAAUGCUGUUUUUUGGUUUGUACUAUUAAGAGGUAAUACUCUAAAUAUUUAUGAAAACAUAUGGAAUUAUUUAUUUUUCAUAUAUCUAUUUUCUAGUUUUAUGAUACCUUCAAUAAAUUCUUGAGUUUGUAUAGAAUUCUUUCCCAAACUGAUUAUUCAAUAUUUUCUCUAAUGUCCCUUUUUCACAAAAAUUGAAAAGGUAUGAAUUAAAAUCCAAACGUUUAGACAGAAAACAUCAGGUGGUAGAAUCAGUCAGAUCACUGAUGAUUUUAGUCCAAACAUCAUGGGAUAUCAAGUGGUAAAUUAGAUCAUAAUUUUACAUUUCUUUGUCAAAAAGUGUGAUAUAUAUAUAUUUCAUCUUGUAUUUAUUGUUUGACUACUGGUAUCACACAAUACAUUGGUAAUUCGGUAUUAAGAGAUCUUAUAUAAAAUGGUAUAAUAAUGCCUGGAACUGUUUCAUAAGAUUUGAGUGGUACAUAAGGUGCCUGAGAGACAGAGAUAGAGGGGGAAUUCUUCAAUCUUAUGAAUUCUAAUUGUGUUAGUCAUUGUGGUGUGUUUCUAUUAGUUAUUUAUUGUUGUUGCUUGGGCAAAGAUCCAUAACAACUGGAAAAGCCAAUGUUUGCAUGACAUGUAUAAAUCCAGAAAAAUUGGAA